AUGCAUCUCCUUCGCGUUCUCGCGGUGAUGUCGCUUGGCCUGCAGGUCAACGCUGCGUCCAGCGUGAACUCCUUGCCGGCUAAAAGCGUCGUCGAAUAUCCUCUUUCAGCUGCCGCUGAAACCCACGAGAUCAUCGCCGCGAGCGAGAAACUUCUGCUCAUUUCUCAGCAAACCGAUGGCGCGCUGGUCAAAGUUGCCCUCGACGGCAAGGGAAACCCUACUGGCUCUCGCGCGUGGACGGUCACAAACCAGUGGUCGGGCCUCCACGGACUGGUGCUUCACUCUGGCUCGAGCAACAGCUCCAAUUCCUCCGGAGCCACCAUCUGGGCCACCGAGCAGUUCGACAACACCAUCCUUCAGAUCGAUCCCAAUGGUGACGACAUCAAUUCCCCGCCCAAGAUCAUCAACCGCUUCCCCAUUCCCGCUCCGGCUUUCGGACCCCAUGGGAUACUUCAAAACAAGGGAGACCUCUGGGUCGCUUGCAAAGACAGCUCGCACGUCGUCCGAAUCACCAUUGAUAACCCCGAUGAACACCAGAUCUGGCCCGUCAGCAGACGUCCAAUCUUCAUAGCUGUGCAUCCCACCAGCGGUGACGUCUACUCGGGUCUAGACCUGAGCAGCAAGAUCUGGCGUUACCAGAAUGACGGCGGCCACGGCGAGGAGAUGGACGUCCCCGCGGACAAAGGAAGCGUCCCUGUCGGUCUGGUUUCGGGACCUGACGGCAACUUCUGGGUCGCUUUGCUCGGGAACUCGACCGGUGGCACCGGCACUUUUGGGCGCAUCAACUCGAAUGCCACGAUCGACUGGUUCACCCUGUCCUCUCAGGUCGGGAGCACUGCCGGUCUCAUCCACGUCGCUUUCGGUCCAGACCCCUCGCAGCUCUGGCUCCUGGGAUCCUCCACCAGUUGUGCAUCCUGCGUCAACGCUGUCUUCACCGUGAAGAUCGACGAUGUGGCUGGCGGCACCGCGAGCUCCCGCAUUGCUAUCCAGAAUUCGAUCGUUCUGCCCACCCAGUACAGCUGGACACACCGCAUCAUCGCACACCAGGGCACCCUCUACGUCACUGAGCUGAAGACUGCGCUCCUUGCUCACAUCAGUGGGAGCCGUCUCAACUGGCUUGAACACCAGUGA